AUGUUUUCACAAAAACAAGGCCGAAAAUUAGAUCCAACCAUACUAUACUCUAUCAGGAUACUCUUCAAACUCAUAAUAUACUUGUGUCUACUCGCUUAUUUCGCAGAACAAAUUUACCGUAUAUCCACCCAGCAUUCCGGACUUCAAGAAUCAAGAGAUUAUCCGCCAACUAUUGUUGGUCCAAACGUCAGAUUCGAAUUCGACUUCAAUUACAAACUAGAUUGUCAAAUAUUCUAUUUUAAUGCUACUACAACAGAUCCGGGCACAUGUGCUACUCAAUAUUUACUUCAACCAGAGAAAAUCGAUGCCACUUAUUAUGGAUUUCUAGUCGGAAAUCUUCCCUUUGCCGGAUACCUAAAAUCAGGAAUACUUAAAAUUCAAAUCACUGUUACUUUGAAUGAUGCUGCAUACAAUGAGACACGGGAUUUUGGAUUCGGAUUUAGACUUUACGAUCCAGAUCCAGAGUUUGAGAAUAUAACGCCAAAAGACACGACCGGAACAUUAAAUGAACUUGAUAGUUUGAAUUACUAUGUUAUUGGACCGGCACAAGCGAAUUUUAUCAACUAUCGUCGAUUUCUCAAUCAGACAUUAACUAAUUCUUGGCGGAAUACAUUUGGAGCCCCACCAACUGAUUUAGCUCAAGAAUACUUCAUGACCUCAAGUUUUUCAUCGAUCCCAAUUAUUGGAAAUACUGUUCAAAAGCAAUAUGCAUCGAUCUCGAUAACUUUGCAAUCAACUGAGCAAGACACGAUUACCGAAUAUAAGCCAAUGACGGUGUUAUCGAUCCUCGGCUCUUUGGGUGGUGCCUUUACUCUUGCAUUCGGAAUAAUUUCAUUCUGUUUUGGCGAAAAUCUUCUCUCCCCCUUCGGAAUAGCGUAUAGAUUCCCAUUUAUAAGGUCAAAAUUAGAUUCAAGGCUUCAAAAAAGAACUAAAAUCUACGAACAACAUCCACUUGCUAAAACAAACAACGCGCAAUGCCCUUCACCGAAAAAAUUCCAAGCAAUACAUUCAGAUUCAAGUUUAGACAAUCGAGUUGCGGCAUUGGAAGAUUUCCAAGAAGAAUUAGUAGCAUAUCAUGGACAAUUGUUGGAUUAUCAGCAACAUUUGGAUCGUCAACAACGGGAUAUGGGACUUUUUCUUAGCGAGUAUGUGGUUAAUGUUGACUAUGUAGAUGAUUUGUAUAAUAUUCACAGAGGAAUUAAAUAG